CCGCGCGCGAGUUGAGCUCCGAUUUGCGCUCUUUUUUGCACACGCCCGACGCUAGUAGGUGAGGAUCGACCAUCCUCCGCAAGCAGGGCUUCGUCGGGCGCGUCUUCGUCGAGCGGUGGUGCAUCUCCCAUGCUCCCACCCGCGCCCUCCUCGCAGCGUGCCCGCGGCCGACACCGACGCCCUCACGUGCUCGGCCCCCCGCGGUCCGGGGCACUGGGCGAUGGCUGGGCUUGUCGCCGGGCGAGCUGGCCCCUCAGUCGGCCGCGGAGCGGAGAAGCAAAAUCGAGGCGGCGCGGCACCUGCGCGCAGCCUGUCCGGCCGGCGCGCGCAUGGUUCCGUAGCCCGUCUAGUGCCUCACUGACCAACUCCAGCGCCACGGUGUAUGUGGCCGGGGUGGUACUGGGGCUGGGCAGCCUUGGGGCCGGCGGAGACCGCCGUCUAGCGGUCGCACUAGUCUCUUUUCGUUGUUUGACCGGUUUGUUUGACGGUUGUUCGACCAUACUUU